CUCAUUAUCCACACAAAAAGAAAGAGUACUCUUCUCAUCUUCAACAAUGUGAUAAUGCUCUCACAGCUGAAAACCAUACCAGAAGCCUAGCCAGGCAGUCUCAUCUCCAUUCAUUGUUGCCAUGAAUCCAGUAAUUCUCUUUGUUAUUUCCUCCAUAUUUUUCCAGUCAAUUUUUCUGGGAGGUGAAUCAGCAAGACCUAAGGCAGUGAAAGGUAACUCUCAGAUUAUUGUAAUGGGCCUUGUUUACUGUGAUAUCUGCUCCAACAACACCUUCUCCACUCAUAGCUACUUCAUACCAGGUGCUGAGGUUAGAAUAGAUUGCAUGUUCAAAGCAGUGUCACCAAGAAUUGCAGAACACAUAUCAUUCUCAGCAAAUAGAACCACAAAUAGGUAUGGGGUGUACAAGUUGGAAAUCCCAUCUGUGGAGGGAAUCAAAUGUGCUGAAGAUUCUGCAGUAGUUUCUUCCUGCCAGGCAAGCUUAAUGUGGAGUGGAUCUCCAGCUUGUAAUGUUCCUGGUUUCAAAUCCACAUCAGAUGAAAUAGCAGUCAAGUCAAAGCAAGCUAAUCUCUGCAUCUACAGCCUCAAUGCUUUGAAUUUCAGACCAUCUAGGAGAGACAUUGGCUUAUGUGGCAAGAACAAAGUUUAACAAGAUCUCAAUUUCUUUGUACUUCCAAGGGAACCAGUACGUGGUAAAUCCCAUGUUUUUCCCUUGAUUUUUAGGCCACCAAUGCGGAAGAUAAUAUAUCUUUAUCUUCACCUCUCGGCAUUACUUAAUUGUAUGGUUGUUUGGGCUAUGCUGCCAUAAAUAUUCAUGCAUGCUCUGAUUGGUUUUAUAAUGUAUUGUUUGUAGCUCCAAGUCACAAUGUUAUGGAAUUGUAUAUACAAUGCGUGUGUUGUUUCUA